ACACCCCGGCGUCCCUGGAAGCUGGGAGCUCGGGUGGUGCUGGGGAAGCUGCGCAAAGCCGGGAGCUAGCGCCCAGGGCCUCCCGGGGUGGGGGACAGGCGUUCGAGCCCAAACCAAUCAUGGCCGGAAGACCCAUCCGCAUAGGAGACCAGCUGGUUCUGGAGGAAGAUUAUGAUGAGACCUACAUCCCCAGUGAGCAAGAAAUUCUUGAAUUUGCCAGAGAGAUUGGUAUUGAUCCCAUAGAAGAACCAGAGCUGAUGUGGCUGGCACGGGAGGGCAUUGUGGCCCCACUGCCUGUGGAGUGGAAACCAUGCCAGGACAUCACAGGUGAUAUUUACUAUUUCAACUUUGCCAACGGGCAGUCCAUGUGGGACCAUCCCUGUGAUGAACACUAUCGGAACUUGGUGAUCCAAGAGCGGGGGAAACUGUCAACUCCUGGGGCCAAUAAGAAGAAGGAAAAGAAAAAGAAAAAGGAAAAGAAAGACAAGAAGGACAAAGAGACCUCCAAAAGUCCCCUGGCCCUGGGCUCCUCGUUAGCCCCCGUCCACAUCCCUCUCGGGGGUCUGGCCCCGUUAAGGGGCCUGGUGGAUGCCCCGCCCUCUGCUCUUCGUGGAUCUCAAAGUGUGAGCCUGGGGAGCUUGGCGGAGUCUGGUCAGCAUGGAGAACUCUCACUGCCUUCACAGGGUCUCAAGACUUCUGCUUAUACAAAGGGUCUCCUGGGCUCCAUCCAUGAGGACAAGAAUGCUCUCAGCCUCUUGGCUUUAGGAGAGGAGACCAAUGAGGAGGAUGAGGUGGAGAGUGACAACCAGAGUGUCCGAAGCUCAAGUGAGCUUCUUAAGAACCUGCACCUGGACAUCGGGGCACUGGGGGGUGACUUCGAGUAUGAGGAAUCUCCAAGAACAAGCCAGCCAGAGGAGAAGAAGGACAUUUCUCUGGAUUCCGAUGCUGCCAGCCCCCCUACGCCUGGCAAGCUCUUCAGCCAAGGUGCAGAUAGCAGCCUGAGCAGUGCCGAUGGCCAAGGGCAACAGGGAAGAGGGGCAAGUUGGCUCCCAGAAAAAGAAAAGAACGAGAAGAAUGAUCCCGGGAUGUCCAGGAGUGUGGCGGACCCUGGGGGCGACCCCGCGGGCGAUCAGCCUGCCAAAGCCAAUAAAAGAGAGGCACCAGAGGACCCAGUGGAUGCAAGAGAGGAGGGUUCCCGGAAGGAAGAGGCAGCAAAGGAGCCAAAGAAGGAGGCUUCCAUCCCGAAAGAGAGCAGAUCAGAGGCGAGCGAAGGGUCGGAGAUCAGUGAACACAUGAAGGAACUACAGCCCUCAGACUCCACUGCUUCUGACCCCAAGUCCUUUCUUGGCCUGGACUUCGGUUUCCACAGCCGGAUCUCGGAGCACCUGCUGGAUGUGGACAUGCUCUCCUCUGUCCUGGAUGGAGCCCGCUGGGAGGCCCAGAGGCUGGGAAGAGAAGACAAGGAUGUCUGCCAGUCCAGCCAAGAUGAGCUGCAGAGCAAGAAGUCCGGAGGCUCGGAGAGGUUAUCUCCUCCUCUUCUGCAUGGGGAGCGGCUCCAGAGUCCCCUUCACAGCCAGGCCACGGAUGAAGGGCCUCCGCAGCCCCUGGAGGAGCAGCCGGAACGGAAGGGGGCAGAGGAGCCUGGGGAGGGCUCUGCAGGCAGCCCCGCGCCCCCUGGUCCCCUGCAGAGGGAGGAGAUCCCAAGCCCACCUGCCACCCACGAGAGGGGCGAGGAGCAGUGCUCCCAGGCCGAGGGGCCGGGCCCUGGGCAGGACGAGGCCGAGGAGCCCGAGGAGAAGGUGGCGGUCAGCCCCACCCUGCCAGUCUCUCCAGAGGUAGAGAAGAGGGCAUGCCAUGCCAGGUGGGGCCACGUGGGGAAGGACCAGAGUUGGUCAGGAGGCCAAAGAGGCGAGAAGGAAGAGCGUGACCCAGAGCCUUUAUUGGGGUUUUCGUGGGAAGCAAUGGGCGAGGCAGGGCGAUCUACAGAGCCUGCGGCUCCCCCAGAGCAGCUCUCAGAGGCUGCACUGAAGACCACGGAAGAGGCGGUGGCCCAAGAGCUCGAGCAAGGUCAGAGGUGGCUCCUGGAGUCCAAGCGAGAGAAGGUGCAGCGGCUGCAGGAGAAGCUGUGGCAGGAGGAGGAGGCGGAGACCCUGCAGCUUCACCGGCAGAAGGAGAAGGCGCUCAGUUCCCUGAAGGAGCAGCUGCAGAGAGCCACCGAGGAAGAGGAGAGCCUGGUGAGAGAGCAGGAAGGCCAGAGGCUGUCCCGGCUCUGCGCCCAGGUGCAGUCCAGCGUGGAAGCGGAUGAGCACCAAAUCAGGGCCGAGCACGAGGCUUCCCUGCAGAGGCUGCGAGAAGAGCUGGAGUCUCUACAGAAGGCUGAGAGGGCCAGCUUGGAAGAGAGAAACAGGCAGACGCUGGAGCGUCUCAGGGAAGACAUGGAGGCUUCGGAGAAGAGAGAGCAGGCCGCCCUGAACACUGAGAAGGAGAGGGCCUUGCAGCAGCUGAGGGAGCAGCUAGAAGGGGAGAGGAAAGACGCGGUGGCAGCGCUGGAGAGGGAGCACAGAGAGGAGCUGGAGCGGCUCUCUUCCUCGCUGGAGGCCAAGCACAGGGAGGUGGUCUCCAGCCUCCAGAAGAAGAUGGAGGAAGCUCAACAGAAAGAGGAGGCCCAGCUGCAGGAGAGCCUUGGGCGGGCGGAGCAGAGAGCUCAUCAGAAAGUUUACCAGGUUCUCGAGUAUGAGCAAGAGCUCAGUGGCCUCCUGAGAGAGAAGCGCCAGGAGGUGGAGAGGGAACACGAGAGGAAGAUGGACAAGAUGAAGGAGGAGCAUCAGCAGCUGGUGGCUGAGGCCCGGGAGCAGUACGCCGCCGAGGAGAGGAAGCAGCGGGCCGAACUCCUGGGGCACCUGACGGGAGAGCUGGAGCGCCUGCGCAGGGCCCACGAGCGGGAGUUGGAGACGGUGAGGCAGGACCAGGCCCGGCAGCUCGAGGACCUGCGGCGGCGGCUCCGGGAGCAGGAAAGGAAACUCCAAGAUUUAGAGGUGGAGCUUGAAACCAGAACCAAGGAUGUCAAGGCCAGAUUGGCUCAGCUGGAUGUCCAGGAGGAGGCCGCCCGGAAGGAGAAGCAGCAGCUCCUCGAUGUGCAGAGGCAGUUUGCGCUGGAGAGCGAGGAAGCCGCAGCCACCCAUCAGCACCUGGAGGAGGCAAAGAAGGAGCACAGCCACCUGUUGGAGUCAAACCGGCAGCUCCGAAGAAUUCUCGAGGAGCUUCAGGCCCGCAAGUUGGAGCUGGAGUCCCAGGUGGAUUUGCUGCAGACCCAGAGUCAGAGGCUGCAGAAGCAUGUCAGGUGUGACCUGGAGGCCAAAGCUCAGAGGAAGCAGGACUUGUUGAAAGAGCUGGCGGUAGAGGAGAGUAAUGCUUCCCCACGUUUUGAGCCUGAUCUCCACGUUGAGGACCUGAGGAAAUCCCUUGGGACGAGCAAGGAGGAGACCGACUUGUCCUUGGACAGCGCCCGGCACUACCUCUCUGCCGAGGGGGUAGCUCUCCGCAGCGCCAAGGAGUUCCUGGUCCGGCAGACGCGCUCCAUGCGGAGGCGGCAGACGGCUCUGAAGGCCGCCCAGCAGCACUGGCGCCACGAGCUGGCCAGCGCUCAGGAGGCGGCCAAAGACCCGCCAGGCACCAAGGCCCUGGAGGACAUGUGCAAGGACCUGGAGGAGGAGACCAGGCACCUGGAUGAGAUGAAGUCAGCCAUGCGGAAAGGCCACGACCUGCUGAAGAAAAAGGAGGAGAAGCUGCAUCAGCUGGAGUCUUCUCUCUGGGACGAGGCUUCAGAUGAAGACACUCUGAGAGGGCCCCCCACCAAGAAGGUGGUGACCUUUGACCUCAGCGACCUGGAAGACGGGAGCAGUGACAGUUCCGAAUCCUGCCCCCUGCCUCACAUCGGCCCGACCCCAAGUCCCACUUUCCCCAACAAGAUCCACUACCUGAGCAGCUCUCUGCAGCGGAUCAGCAGCCAGCUCAACGGUGUCCUCAGCGUGCUGGGCAGCCUCAACACCCAGCCUCCGCCGCUUUUCACCUCCACGCCCGCACCGCUCCCCACCCAGGCCUCCAGGAGCACCCCCGCUCCCUCCUACCCGUCCCUGGCCCGGGUCUCAGCCUCAUCCCCGGCUCCACCCACGUCCACCCAGUGGGCCUGGGACCCAGAGCUGGGCCCCCGGCUCUCCUCCUCCGUGGCUCAGACCGUGGACGACUUCCUGGUGGAGAAGUGGCGCAAGUAUUUUCCAACUGGCAUCCCGUUCCUCAGCAGUGGCCCUGCCCCCCUGGAAAACAGGCUGGGGUAUGUGUCUGCCAGUGAGCAGCUGCGCCUCCUGCAGCGUCCUCCCUCCCAAGUCCCCGAGGUGGGCAGCGCCAACUUCCAGGACAUAAUCGAGGCUCACCGCAAGUGGCUGGAACAUUACAAGAAUGACCCCAAGUCACAUCUCUUCUCCUCGAUACCCAAGCCAACGGCUGGUUCCGGCCUCCUGCAGCUGGGCCUGGAUGAGAACAACAGACUGAAGGUGUAUCGCUACUGAGGCCCUGAGCGCUGAGCCGGGGUGGGGGGGGUGCAGCCUGGCCUCUCCUGCGUCCAGACCAAGUGCCCGAGUUGCUGCCUGCACUUUACUCCCUCUGAUAAAGCAUUCUCCCGUCCCCUCUUUGCUGCUUGCCUCACUCAGAACCUAGAGGAACC